AUGACCGCAUUCCUGGCAAGGUUUAAUACUAUACAUAGAAUAACUUACAGCUCUUUCGCUGGGUUACGAAAACUGGAGCUUCUUUUAAUGCAUGGCAAUGAUGUGCAUCAAAUUCCUGAUGGAACAUUCCGUGACCUCAUAUCCCUUCAGAUGCUGAAACUAAGCUAUAAUAAACUGAAGGUAAUUAGCAGACAGACCUUUGUGGGUCUCUGGAGUCUCACUAGGUUGCACCUGGAUCACAACAGACUUGAGUUCAUCCACCCCAAUGCAUUCCAAGGCCUCACGUCUCUUCGCCUUCUCCAACUGGAGGGCAAUCAACUUCAGCAGCUCCACCCAGCCACCUUCUCCACUUUCUCUAUUCUUGGACACUUCCCAGUUUCCACCCUGAAACACCUGUACCUGUCUGAUAAUUUACUGACCACUUUGUCACAGAGGAUGCUAGCAGGCAUGCCCUACCUGGAUAAUCUCUCCCUGCAUGGGAACCCUUGGACCUGUGACUGUCGCAUGAGGUGGUUCAAAGUCUGGAAUAAAAAUUCGCCAGGAGUGCUGAAAUGUAAAAAGGACAAAGCCUAUCCAGAUGGCCAGCUAUGCCCUAUGUGUUUUUCUUCAAAACAUCUAAAGAGGAAACAGCUCCAGGAGUUGGAGAAGCCCACUUGCAAUAGUCCCAUCAUCAGCACGGCUCACAGAGACAUUUCCCCAGAGGACACAGAAAGUGACCUCUUGACGAUUGAUGAAUUUCGUCAACCCCUUGGCAACAUUUCCCUGGGCCUGUCAGAUGAACAUGGACAUCAAGUAGACUUGGAAUGCCUUGUCACUGAGCCAAGAGAGCUGACUAGCAUAGGCUGGGACUAUGUUAACCAGUAUCAAAUAUCAGCAAAUGUGACUCUGACGUUAGAUUUAAAGUGUGCAACUGACAGGUCCAGUUAUGAGAGGUUGUGGAGAUUGAUUGCAUAUUACAGUGAUGUUCCAGCCCACCUUCGAAGAGAAAUUAUGUUGAGUAAGGAACCUUACACAAGCUUCAGAUAUCGGCAAGAUGUUGAAAGGGAUGCUCUUUACUAUACAGGAGUAAAAGCUAACAUAGCAGCUGACCCACCCUGGAUAAUGCAGUCAUCAAUGGACCUUCAGCUAAACAGACUUCAGUCUACAAGUAAAACUGUUCGACUAAUUCUAAGCACCCAUAUGACUGAGGUUAUGGAAAAGGAAUCUAUAAGAGAGCAGAGUAGGGGCUGGGUUGUAAUUGAGUCCAAGAACAACACUAGAACGAUGCAGGCUGCUGUCGUGGGAAGUCCUGCUGAGAUAGACUGUUCCAUACAAAGCUCAGGGAACGAAUCAGUUAAAUGGAUGCUACCAGAUGGCUCUACUUUAAAAACACCAUAUAGCAAUGGUGAUAAUAGGCUUUCAGCAUCAAAUGCUGGUCUUCUUAAAAUCAAAUCUGUGGACCAUUCUGAUUCAGGAGUGUACUACUGUAUUGCACAGGUUUCAGAUGACCUUACUAUCCUCCCUUUUCGCCUAACAGUGGAGGAAUCCUCCAGUCCACCUCCUGGAGGUGAAGGAGUAACAGAGCCAGUUACAGGAUUCACAGGUGGACCUUUUUUCCUUCCAUGUGUUGCCACCGGAUCCCCUGAUGCUGAAAUACACUGGAUUCUCCCUGAUGGUAGUAUUAUAAACAAGUGGGUAAACAUUUCCAGGAUAUUUGUGGCUUCAAAUGGAUCUCUGAUUAUUCGACACAGUCAGCUUUCAGACAAUGGAUACUAUAAGUGUGUAGCAGGAAAUCAGCAUGGGAUGGAUACUUUGGCCAGAAAAGUAAUAAUAUCAAGGCCAACAGGUUUACUCCCAUUACGGAAGUACUCUAGUAGCCCUCAACCUGCUGAGGGAGUUUCAACCCAAGUCCUUGUGACAAACGACAUGGAGUCUUCUGGGGAUAAUGAACCUGAAGAGUUUUUAGAGAAAGUGCUUACUAGGCAAGUGGAUUUACCCAAUCGGCGGCACGUCCCAAGUGUGGGAAUAAGGAGAGUCCAUCCAUUUAGGAACUCUUGGAGACGCCCUGCCACACCAAGGAGGAGAGUAGUGGAUAGGGUUAACACUGUAGAGUCAAGAAGAAACAUUAGUGUGUCAAACAACCAAAUAGACCCAAAGCGCUGGGCUAGCAUUUUGGCGAAAGUUCGCAGUGGUGGAACUAGUUUAAAAACAACUACUCCAAACUAUGUUCAGACCAGUUCAAACAAAAUACAGGAGUCAGAGACUGCCUACACAAAGCAGUCAGAAGUUGCUAACAAGAUUGAAGGAUCAUCUGCAGAAGAUACAACAAUAGAGGGCACCAGGGCACCAGUAAAGGAUGUGUUGUACUCAGUCACAAUGUCACAGAUGCCCACUGAGGCUACAGAGUACAACUUGGAUAUAAGAGCUCUGGAUUCUGAGGAUUCGAGACAUGUUGUCUACCAGAUAGCUGCUCCUGAAACAGAUCCAAAUUCAGAUUUGUUUACAGUUAGCACAUAUAUCACACAUCCCACAGUUGGACCACAGAUGACCCAUUUUACUUUGGGAGAUUCAGAGGUUGCAGAAGGAGUUGCAGUGAGCACUGUGUGGAGCACAGCAUCAUAUGGAACCCAUUUACAGGAAAACCAAAGCCACACAAUGGAUGGUGGCAGGGUAACUGAAGCAAUUCAAAAGUCUGAUGGCAAAGAAGAUGAAGAACGCAGGGUUUUGCAAAACCCUGAGCUUGUGGGAGAGGUUUAUCAGGGAAGGAUGGAUCACAGCUUAGCAUCGACCACAGCAAAAACCUUCACAGAACCAAGUACAGAAACUGCUGUGUACUCUUUUACUGAAAUUCUUACUACAAUUAAGCAAGGACCACAGACCCUACAAAAGCACAUAACUCAGAAGAAACAUAAUGUCUCAAAAAUUCCACUGCUUCUCACUGUGACAUCAACCACCAAACCCACUUCAGGACAUAAAGCAACCUUCACUAAUUCAUUUAAUGCUUCUUCCUCACGUGCUAGGAACUCAUCCAGUUUGAGGAGGAGGAAUGGUGGAAGAGGAAGAAAGACUAAUCGAAUUAGAAGUAAGACAAACAGUUCUAAAUCAUCAGUAUAUGUCACCCCACAGCCCAAUUCAGCUUCAAUUGUGGAGGUUACAAAUUGGUUUUCAGUCAUUACUAAGACAACUGCCUCCUCUCAAACUAAAAUAGAAACAUCUUCAUGGGCCAAAAGUGCAGGAGCCAAAAUGAAUAUUACUGUUCCAUUAACUGACAGUCAACCACCGUCACUAGGCAAAAUGACUCCAUUAUACAGUGGCAGGAAUAACAAAAUCCAUACAUCCACAUCCCAAGAAAAUGUAUCUAUGACAAAGGAUAGACACUCAUUUGAUUCUAAGCCAGCUCAAGAACUUAAAAACACUGCAAUAGUACCAGUGUCUCCAUCAAUAUUCAGUAAUUUUGGUAGAGAACAAGAAAAGGCAACUAUACAGAAAGAAAACAAAUCCAACUUGUCCCCCCAUAUUACAAAUCCUCCUGUGAAGGCAGACAUCCAUGAGUGGUUUACAAGCAUUCAUACCCCUGCAGCUAAAAAGUUUGAAGAGACUCAACAGGGAAAAAUGACAAGAGACCCCAGCUCGAUUCCAACAUCAGACAGCUCUCAUGCACAAUUAGAGGAACUUCCAGGUGCAAGUCCAGAUAAAACAAACAACCAAUAUAACCCCACACAGACUGAAAACAUUCUGUCAUACAAAGAGCUUGAAGGAAGGUUUUCUGUGAGGCCAUUCACUUCAUCUUCCCCAAACAUCCAGAAUGAAAUUCUUAAAAAUAAUUUGGAAAUCCAACAUGGUUCAGCAACAGCAGCCACUACAAUUUUUGAGGGGGCACAACAGAGUUCCCGGGUUCCAACUGGCAGCCCCAAAAUCUUUCAAGUAUUAGUGCUUGCAACAACCAACCCAAGCAGGCUUUCAACUGGCAGCAUUCACGACAGAGAAGAUUCUUCUUUAUCCAUGAAUCCUUGGGCUCCAUCAGAAAAUGCUGAUCUACCUCCAGUUACAAAAGAAAACAUUAUUGCCACAACAACAACUACAACAGCUCUGAAAUCUUCUACAGUACAUACCCAUAUGUUUUACCCAAAUACACCCACAUCUGUAAGCAUGCUAGGUGAACUAGACGAUGCUAAUCACAUUCCUGACAGUGACAAAGAGAUAUUUGUAACCCCAGGCAAAGAAAUUAUUAGUAAGAUAGAACUUAGCAGAACAAAUAGCAGGGCAGGACCUCCAGUCACACAAUUUCCUUAUCAAUUAGCCAGUGUUUCUGAGGAAACAGUAUCUCAAGAAUUAGAAGUAGACAUACACAAAAAGACCACUACAAAAACAGCCACGACUCAACCACUUCACUCAACUUCAACAGUAUCUUCACCCAAGAAAAAACUUCCUGGUAGGCCAGGUGUUCAGGGUAGAGGAAGCUCUUUGAUACAUUAUGCCACAUCAGGAGGACCUCAACAAAGACCAACAGCAAUGCCCGAGGGUAGUGGCAAACCUUGGAUCAUCAGCACAGACAUUAGAUCAGUAACAGCACAUGCUGAGACUGAUGCUUAUUUGCCUUGUGUGACUGUGGGGAAACCCAGUCCCUUCCUUUCAUGGACUAAAGUAUCCACAGGGGCAAGUGUAACACAGAAUACCAGGGUUCAAAGAUUUGAGGUCUCCUCUAAUGGUACACUCAUAAUCCACAAUGUACUUCCUCUGGACCAGGGCCAGUACCUCUGCAGUUCCCAAAACCAGUAUGGAGAGGAUAAAAUUGUGGUUAAUUUAAUUGUUCUGGCUGAACACCCCAGAGUGCUGCAGACUCGCUAUAGUGAAGUCACAGCAUACCUUGGAGAAACUGUUCAGUUUGAGUGUCAGUCCCAAGGGCUUCCUCAGCCUCGGAUCACCUGGAUCCUACCAGACAGGGAAAUGGUACAUUCUAGUGGACCUACUCAUGCCAAUCCUGAAAACAAUGUCUCAGUCUUACCUAAUGGCACGCUUCACAUGAAAUCGGUUAGUCACAUGGAUCGAGGAAUUUACAAAUGCAUUGCAAGCAAUGCAGCGGGUGCUGAUACAAUAUCUGUUCGGCUGACUAUUGCAGCCUUGCCACCCAUCAUUCAGCAAUCAAGACAUGAGAAUGUCACUCUUCCAGAGGGAAGCGCUGCCUACUUGAAUUGCACUGCCAGGGGUGCCCCUCCACCUUCCAUUGGCUGGAUUACCCCUGAUGGAAUGCAGCUCCGUCCAUCACAGUUCAUCAAUGGACGUAACUUGUUUGUAUUCCCAAAUGGGACACUCUAUGUUCGUAGUCUCUUUCCAACAGAUGCAGGGAGGUAUGAAUGCUCAGUAACCAAUGUGGUUGGCACUGCACGGAGGACCAUUAUUUUGACUGUAAGAAAGUCCAUAAUAUACUCAAGAGCCAAGAUUACAUUCUCUUCGCCUCAAAAAACAGAUGUGGUCUAUGGAAGCAGGUUGCACCUGGACUGUAUUGCAUCAGGGAAUCCAGAACCCAGGAUAAUCUGGAGGACUCCAUCGAAAAAACUUGUGGAUGCUCACUACAGUUAUGAUCAAAGGAUUGAAGUGUCUGCCAACGGUACACUAUCCAUCAGAUAUUUUAGAGAAGCCAAAACUUAA